AUGGAAGAAUUUUAAUUUUAUGUUGAUCCUGAAGAAGCAAAUCGACUUAAAAGAGAUUAAAUUUAAUUAUUAGAGAAACUUAUGGAAGAAUCACAUCUCAUACCUGAAAAUCAUCCUCUCGAAUUGAAAAGAUACUUUAGUCAACCAGAUAAUGCAGGACAUUAAACACGUUAUUUGUAAAGAUCUUAAAGUAAUUAUAUUUAAAGGUAUUAAAUAUUAUUUAUUAUUAAUAGUAAUAU